UGUAAAUGCCAUUUAAUCUCUUUAAAUUUUAUGUUUUCAUCUUUUUAAUAUUUUAUCGAAUUUAUUCAUUUAAUCAUAGAAACUUGAGUACACACAGAUUCUGUUCAAAUUUAUACCAAUUUCUGAGACAAAAUCAGAGGAAUCUACAUUCUAUAAGAGGGACGCAGUCAUAUUUACCACCGGAACAGAGAAUACAGAAAUGGCUCCAAAAUAAGUGGGAAUUAACGUCUAAAAACUUUGGAUUCCAGGAGUAUUCAAUGCCAGUUCUAACACAUACCUCACUGUUUCUUGACAUUAACACACCAAAAGAUAACGAGCAUUAUAAGGAGUUAUACAGUUUUAAGGAUAGAAAGGGGAGAAAUUUAUCCCUGAGAGGAGAUAUCACUCCUCAAUUUAUGAACAUGCUAACAUCGUACUAUAGUAAUAAAAGGGUUCCAUCGCAUAAUAUAUUAAAAUGGUACACAAUCGCAGACUGUUGGCGCUAUGAGCGGCCAGGACUUGGAAGGAGGAGAAAUCACUUACAAUGGAACGCAGAUAUAGUUGGAAUCAGUGACAUUCAAGUUGAAGUCGAGUUAAUUUCAAUGCUAAUUCACUUUUUAAAAUCUGUUGGUUUAUCGCAUGAGGAUGUUGUAAUAUCCUUAAAUCAUAGAAAUGUUAUCCCUGGAAUUUUAACCCUUUUGGGCUUUUCAAACUAUUCAUCAGACUGGUUUUAUCAGUUUUCCAAAACUUUGGAUAAGUAUAAAAAGAUACCAAAGGAAGAAUUUAACAAACUCUUGAUUGAGCUUAAAUUUACUCCUGAACAAUGUUCUGGUUUGGAGGAAAUACUUGAAACUUCAAGGACUCUAGAGGAAAUUCAAAGAAUAUUUAACCCUGAAGAUAUUCAAGAAUUAAAGCAAUUGGUUCAUUUAUUAACCGAAAAAGGAUACUCAAAUUGGAUUAACAUAGAUUUAACCAUUGUGAGAGGAAAUGAUUAUUAUACUGGGUUGGUGUUUGAAUGUUUUGACAGAAAUCGCAAGCUUUCAAGGUCUAUUGCAGGCGGUGGAAGAUAUGACAAUUAUUUCAACCAUUGUGAUCCUAGACUUAAGUACUCAGCUGGGUUUGCAAUGGGCAAUAUCGCAAUUCUGGAUUUACUAAAACACAAAGGAGUAAAUAUCAACUCUGAGGAACCGGUUGAUGUGGUUGUUUUUACACCAAAUUACACCCGUAACAACUGUGAACAAAAAGUAGAAACUGAUACUGAUCAGACUUUACCGUGUUCAAAAAGCCAGAGAAUGUGUUUAUAUAACCUUAUGGACUUGUUGAGGACUAACGAUAUUUCAGUUUACCAGUACUACAAAACCUCAAGAUUGAUGAAGGCGCUUAAAUUUGCCGACAAUUCCAUGGCAAAGUUUGUUGUUAUGCCUCUUUUACACAACGGCAACGAAGUCAUUGUACUCAGAGAUAUGAACACUGGAGAACAGGACUUUUUCAACCCAUCAGAUGACAAAUUAGGAGCGAAAAUUGUCGAAAAAUUAAGAAACCAAAAUAUUUAA